AUGUGGGGCAUAUCUUAUCACCCAAGACGAACGUCGAUAAACAUGAAGCAGGAGAGCGGCGGACCCUCCGGUUUUUUCCUGCUGCUCCGGGUGACCCUGACCCAGUUUGCACUGUGGGUGGCUACCGGCACGCUCUGCGUCCUUGCCCUCUUCGUCCGCAAGGGGGUGUGCAAAUCAAAGGCCAGCAUGGAGGGAAAGACCGUCAUUGUGACGGGCGGAAGUUCAGGCAUUGGCAAGGAGACAGCGAAAGACCUGUGCAGGCGGAAAGCUCGCGUCAUCAUCGCCUGCUGCGACCUGGACGAGGCGAAAUCAGCGGCGCAGGAGAUUUUCGAGGAAACGCAGCAGCCUGCGAUCAUCAAGCACCUUGACCUGGCCUCGUUCAAGUCGGUGAGGGCGUUCGCCGAGGACAUCGUCAGGACAGAACCCAGGCUCGACGUGCUCAUCAACAAUGCGGGAGUUGUACUCGAUUCGAGCAAAACAAAGCUUACGGAAGAUGGCUACGAGGAGGCUUUCCAGGUCAACUACUUAGGCCAUUUCUUGCUUACUAUGCUCCUCCUUGAUCUCCUGACCGAGAGUGCCCCGAGUAGGGUGAUCAACGUGUCCUCGGUGCUGCACCAUUUGGGGAGCGCGGACCACUUCGAGGACAGGGUCAAGGGGCGUCAUCCCAUGAGGGACCCCGUCGCUUCCUAUUGCAACAACAAGCUCGCCAUGCUGCUCUUCACCAGGGCUCUUGCCCACAAGCUCAAACAUUAUGGCGUCACGGUCAACGCUCUGCAUCCGGGCAUCUGCAAUACGCAUAUAGCCGAUCACUCAACUGGCCUGGUGUCUUCGUUUUUUCAUUUCAUUCAAGCACUGGGCGGAAAGACGGCGCGCGAGGGCGCGCAGACAUCCAUCUUCCUGGCAGUCGACCCCAAAGUGGCCAAGGAAACGGGCAAGUACUUCUCGGACUGCCGGAGGCACUGGAUCAGUUGGAGGGCCAAGGACCGGGCCCUGGCGGACAAGGUCUUCUGGAAGUCUGUGGGGCUCGUGCACCUCGAAGACUCUGCCAAUCAGUUGAUUAAGGCGUGA